AUGGAAACUCUCGACAACACCGAGUGGGACGUGCUCAUUGUAGGCACCGGCCUGCAGCAGUCUCUUCUCGCUUUAGCUUUGUCGCGCUCGGACAAGAAGAUCCUCCAUGUCGACGAGAAUGACUUCUACGGCGGUGCAGAGGCUGCCUUUAGCUUACAAGAAGCUGAAGAGUGGGCACAGCGGAUGAAAGAUGACACAGUAGAUGCGGUCUUCUCCGAUGUUACAAUUACCAAGCCUGAGGUUGCUGACGCCGCUCCCGCACUGUCCUUCUCAAGGGCAUACAGCCUGUCUCUAAGCCCCCAGGUCAUCUACGCGCGCUCAUCUAUCCUUGGCUGCCUUGUCUCGUCAAGGGUUUAUCGUCAGCUUGAGUUUCUUGCUGUCGGUACAUGGUGGGUAUACUCUACAGGUGCACAGAGCGAAAGCUCGCUGUCGCAUGCGAGGCUGCUGAAGGUGCCAAACGGCCGAGAAGAUGUUUUCCAGGAUCACGACCUCGACUUCAAGGCGAAGCGCGCUUUGAUGAAGUUUCUGCGCUUCAUCAGCGAAUAUGAGGAACAGAUCGAGGUGUGGGAAGAGCACCGUCAGCGGCCUUUCUCGGACUUCUUGUCAGAGCAGUUCAAGGUUCCAGCAAGUCUCCAAGGACCACUGCUGGCACUCACACUCUCACCGGCCGGGCCUGAUCGGACCACUACUGAAUACGCUCUACCGAGAAUUGCGAGGCACCUACGUUCGAUCGGUGUGUUUGGGGCUGGUUUUGGAGCCGUCAUCCCGAAAUGGGGCGGCUUGUCUGAAAUCAGCCAGGUGUCGUGCCGAGCUGGUGCUGUAGGUGGCGGUGUCUAUGUCCUUGGAAAAGGCAUAGCUCCAGUCACGGAGGGCAUCGCGCAGACAACCGAAAACGGUACAAAGCUUCGCCUGAAAGACGGCGAAGUUGUUACUGCGAAGUGGAUUGUAGGAGGAAACUCGUCAAUUGCGUCUCAAGAUACCUACUGCAGGUCGAUGACCAUUGUGUCGUCGUCUUUGUCACAUCUGUUCCCGCCCAUCGCAGAGGAAGCACCAGCACCUGCCGCUGCUGUUGUUGUCUUCCCGUCCGGCUCCUUGACACUAAACUCUCAAGCUGAAGAGCUUCCGCCGGUUCAUGUUUUCGUGCAUUCGAGCGAUACCGGCGAAUGUCCCUCUGGUCAAUGUGUGCUAUAUGCUUCGACAUCGAUGCACAAUCAAGACGGGUUUGCCCUGCUUCGAAAAGCUAUAGAGUCGUUGCUCUCUGCCCAGGACAUAGCACCAUCGCCUACAAUACUGUGGUCUGUUGAGUACCAGCAACGGGCUUCAUCUGGAUCGGAGGCUCUACCGUCUGACAACGAUCAUGUCGUUCGAUUCCCGCCUACUUCCAUGGAUCUCGCAUUCGACGAUGCAGUGCUUGAGAACGUCAAAGACAUGUGGCAGAAGAUCGUGGGAGAUGACGCGGGCGAAUUCUUGGUAUUCCAAGACCGAGAAGCUUACGACGAUGACGAGUAA